AUGUUUCUCUUCCGCUGGGGAAAGAAAGACCCCUCGGAAAAGGAGAACCUGGUUAGCUACAAACUCCAGGCGGCCCCAAAAGAGCCUUUGAUUAAAUGGAGGCAAAAAGACCAAACAGAAAAAAAUGCCAACAAGGAGAAAAGGGCACCCAUCAAAUUUAAGGCUCCACAAAACUUGAAAAAUAAGAAAAAGAAAAACUCCUUUUUUAGCUUGGCGGGAUUUAAUUUUUUUGGAAAAUCCAAAAGGAAAAGGACUCCCAAAGCGGCAAAAAGGAACUCCAAGAAGGAGGAGUCCCCGCAGAGGACGGAGGUGAAGAGUAUCAUCAAAAAAUUCGAGUUCUCCAAGGGGGAAGAGAGGAGAACCUCCAAAGGAACAAUCAAUGUAGGUAAAGCAAAACUGUCUACACAAACGAGCGCCACAAAAGUUAACCCCCGAAGGAAUAGCGUUCACAUCGAUCCAAUCGCAAAUGAAGAACUGUUGGAAGUUCUAACGGAGGAGGAAAGAAAAUCCAUCGAAGUUGUUACUCUGAUAGAUGGAUCUUCCAAUGGUGACAACUCCGGGACAGACAGAGAUAGGAAAGAUGACUCUGGCGAAAAGGACGUCCCAGCAAAAGUAAAAUCUGCCUAUUCAGUUAAGGGACAAAAUAGUGGCACAAACCUGAGAAAGAAUAAAGACCUUUUAAUGAAAACAUCCGGUCUUCUGGAAGAGAGUUGCGAAAUAGGGAAGAAAAAAAGUUAUCCACCAAAAAACAAACAUGAUGAGAGUGAUAUCGUUACUACUACCAAGGGAAGUACACAUCCCGAAAAGGAAAUACAAACAAAAAAAUCGAUUCUAAAAAAUAUUAUAAAAAUGCCACUAUCGUAUGCAUCUAGGAGUUUCAAAAGUGAUGUUUUAGCGACAAAGGAAUCAACCAAAUUGGUGAAAGGGGGAAAUGAAAAACGGGGAGAGAAAAACGGAGAAACGAAGGAAGAUGCGCACAAGUUGAAGAACACUCCUGAUUCGAUCCACCUGCAGAACGACCAAGAUAAGGGUGAUGUCUUAUCCCCCUCCGAUGUGAGUGACACCAGGUCAGAAGACACCAACUACAGCGGGAAAAUGAGCUUCAACAAUUUUAUUCCCAAGUUUAAACUUCCAGGUAAAAAAAAUGCUUCUCCGAUGAUUAGCAGUAAGCUCAAAAUGAACAGAAAAAAUAGCAUCGUUGGAAACAGCUUUGACAAAGCGGAUGAUCCACAAGAUUUCAAAGGAGAGGAAUUAAUUCUUACGUGCCAAGACAUACGUGCGAAGAAGAAUAAUCUCGUAGGACGUGCUAAACUGAUGGAGAAGAACCUACGCAGAAGAAAAGGAGAACCACAGGAGGAUGAAGCCAAGAGUAUACAUCGUAAAAUGACAAAAGACAUUUCUGAAGGAGGUCCGAUUCCUUUCAACCUCCAACCUCCCCUUCUGUUCACCGAAAAUUCCUUCGACAUAUGCCCAAUAUCACCUAUCGAGGACAUCAUAGAAAUUAUUCAUUCGAUUUUCAAUAGUAACAAAGAGGAGGCAAUUGCGAAGCUGAAAAUGUGCAAGGAGAACAACGAGAAGUGUUCCAGCAUGCUAAAAAUAACCUUGGAUAAACUAAACGGGCCGCAGGAUUCCGUGCUCACUAAUUUAACCAAGAACAUGUCCUUACAACGGGAUUACUUGAUCGAAGUGAAUGAAGUUAUGAGGGCAGUUAGUGAAGAUUAA